AUGGACUAUCUCCUUGACAGGACCAAUAUCCACGAUGUCGUCACAAAGCUGAGUUUCUAUCUAGAUACCUAUCAAUGGGACAAGCUUAUUGACGAAGUAUUCAUCCCCAACGACCUCAUCAUCGACUAUACGCCAUCACUUGCCAACGAGGCCAUCGUGACGACAGCGACCCGGACGGUGGGACAGUGGAAAGGGCUUAUGGACGGGAUGGACACGGCACAGCAUAUUCCGAGUGCUCUGCUCAUCAGCCUGCCCCAACCGGGGCCCGAGACGGACGUGCCUCAAACGGCUUCUGUCACCUGCAACGUGACUGUGACUCUGGUUAGGAAGGACGCGGAGGGAGGCCCGCAGCUUUCGAACGGGGUGAGGGCCUUGAUCGCUUCCCAUGACUAUCUAUCAUCCCUCCUGUCCUUUAUUCGCGCCGUGACGGUUUUUCCCCUUUACUUGUAUUUGUAUUUCUCAUUUUUAUUUUUAUAUUUCCCCCUGUUUGGUGAUGGGACCCUGCGCGACAUUGACGCUGACAUGAAGCCUCCCGGUCGCCGUUAUCAGGGCCGCUAUGACAUCGACUUAAAACGGGUGUCGGAAGGAGGGAGCUCUGGAAAUCCAUGGCGGAUCACAAGGCUGAAGGCGAAGAUCUCGUGGUUUUCGGGGAAUAAGAAAUUGCUGGGGCUUGAAGAUUAG